AACUGUGAAUACGACAAACUGUUGGCCAAGUCGCUGUCAGUUACCAAUCGCAGCUAGACUCGAAAGGCAAUAUAACUUAACCAUGAAGCAGUUGAUAGUUUUGGUCAUUUGUUUGGUGGCCGCUACCAGGGCGGACGUCUCCCAUCUGGUCACCCCCGAACCGAAAGUUCCAGCCAGUCCUUAUGUGUUCAGCUACCAGGCAGGUCGGGCUCCCGGCCAUGUGGAUCGCCAGCACACCGAAGUGUCUGAUGGAUCGGGUGUGAUCCGUGGUGCCUUCUCCUAUGUGGAUCCCAAGAACCAGGUGCGCACAGUUCAGUAUGUGGCCGAUGAGCACGGCUUCCACCCUCAGCUCAGCCACAAACUGGAGGACAGUGCCGCCGUCCAAGCGGCCAAGAAGAGGCAUUUCGAAGCCUACAAUCGCAUUGCCCAAGAGCACGCGAAUCAGACACCUGGCCAUGUGGCGCUUGCCAAUGCUCCACACACCAGUGCUGCAGUGGCUCAUGCUACCCAGAAGCACCUGAGUGCUUUCGAGCGGAUCGCUGCGGAGCACGCGGCCAUUGGACGCCAACAGGAGGCUCAGCGUCUGGCACUGGCUGCUCAGUCGGAGCACAGUGACAUAGACGAUGGACAGUAUCACCCAUAACUGUAACACAAACCGAUUAAAUGGAAAUAAAACCCAAAUU